GUGUAUGUCGAUAGUACGGUAUAACGACAAGCUAUUGAGCGUUGUUCACCAUAAUAAAUCGCUGAACUCGGUUGUGAUAUACAAUUCUGAGACUGAGAACCUGGAGCUUGUCAAGCUGGACCACGAUGAAUCUAAUGGUUCUCACAGCAGAAGGCGUAGGUCUAUUCCGUCUCAAUUCGAGUUUGUUUGUCCCGACUGCGGCUACCAAUGCAAUAUCAACCCGCCCUCUUCGAAUGAGUCUCCUCGAAGGUCGUCAGGGUCUGAUUUUCUACGAAAUGAUUAUUUCAGGCUCCUAGCUCGAGCAGACUCCGGAAACGAAUCCAACAAGGAGCUGAUAUCUACGUUAAUUCACCAGGCUCAUCCUGCUGAUAUAGACCAGAUACCUGUGGAGCUGAUCAACCAGGGCUAUUUCAAGAAGUUUUUCUCUGUUUUGGGAGAUCUAGGAAACGGGUCUAACGGCAAAGUGCUCAAAGUUGAGCAUAAACUUUUCAAUCUGCAACUGGGGAUUUUUGCCCUGAAGAAAAUAGCCAUUGGCAAUCAUUUCGGGAACUUAGUACGGAUCUUGAAUGAAGUCAAGUUUCUUUACAGUCUUACAGAGUCAUCCAAUACCACUAAUGCCAACAUCAUAAAAUAUAAUCACGUGUGGCUUGAGGUCGAUCAAAUCAGCAGUUUCGGACCGCAGGUUCCUGUUGUGUUCAUUUUGUUUGAGUACUGCGAUGGAGGCACACUCGAGCAGUUUAUAGAGCACCUUUUGCAGCCUAAAUUUGACAUCAAGCUGGAGAAAAUGCGUCGUCGCAUGAAAAAAAAGGGAAUAAAGGGAGCAGUCACGGACCGGCGCUACCUCAAUAACUUUGAAAUCUACAAGAUCUUCAAAGAUGUCCUUAAUGGACUGCAUCACUUGCAUGAGCAAAAGACCCUUCACAGAGAUCUUAAGCCCUCAAACUGUUUGUUUAAAACUAAGUUUCCAGACGACUACCAGCCGAUCGACUCUGUCGACGAUCUAGGACAGAUCCCAAAUCUUGUGGUUAGCGAUUUCGGCGAGUCAAUCAUGGAAAACUCGAAACGAAACUCCACAGGAUGCACAGGUACACUAGAGUUCUGUGCUCCAGAAUUGUUUGAGGAGGUCGAUCCAGGACAGCUGCAUGACUUUUCCUAUUACUCAGAUGUUUACUCAUUAGGAAUGAUACUAUAUUACAUAUGUUUUGGAAAGCUGCCAUUCAAGUCUUCUGACCAAAACGCGAUUCGUGAGGAAAUUGUGAGUUGCAAUCUGUUUGAAGACAUGGACAAAUUGCGCAGAGGCGAGUUGUUGCCAGAUUAUCUGCGCUUGAUAAGACUGAUGUGUGACCCUGACGCCAAAAGUCGGCCAACCUGCGAGCAGGUAAUGUUACAGAUGGAACAUAUCCAUAACAAGCUUGCCAAGCAAAGCUACAAGAAGUUUGCUUUGGCAAGAACGUUAUGGCAAACUGGCCUAAACAUAGCUCAAAUUCUGCUCAACAUCUGGCUGUGUCCAUAUCCGGCGCUGAAUAAUCUCCAGUUUGUCUUGGUGGGAGUGCUGAUAUCCCAAAAGAAGGUUCGAUAUCUGAUGUGGGUCGAAAUCUCACUCACAAUUCUGUUUCUUGCUCUCAGCAUUGACAGCUACUGGGCUGCUGUUUUUUCAAGCUCAGAUCAAUAAUUCCAUUGUUUUCUGCCGAGAAUUCAUGAAAUAGCUCAUCGUCAACACUAUCAACAACAUACUCAAAAAGUUCAGCCAGGCCAACAUUCUCUUUCGCACUCACCUUGAAAUAUUUGGAGAUCUCGGGGUUAACAUUGAGAAACUGGCGUAUUUCGUCUUCAAAAGCACAUCCUUCACUCUUCACAAGAUCACAUUUGUUACCCACAAGCACAAGCUUGAGAGAAGAGUUGUUGUCAUUCUUGUAAGUUUCCAAAUCUCUUAUCCAAUAUUCAGCCUUCCUGAAACUAUCUAUACUAGUCAUAUCAAACACAAUAAAUGCCAUAUUUGAAUUCCUGUAGUACAGGGGAGUGAGAUUGUGAAACCUCUCCUGUCCAGCGGUAUCCCAAAUCUGCAGAUUAACCAUCUUGUCGCCGUUGUCUUUGCUGACCUUUUUGGACACAAAAGCGGCACCAACAGUGGAGGCCUUUGUGUCGUCAAAUGUGCCGUUUUGUACGCGUUGUAGUAUUGACGACUUUCCUACAGAUGAUUCCCCAAGCAGUACCAGCUUGAAAUCAGCGCUGAGUCGCG